CAUUCCUUUUAGAAAUUAUUGCUGUCGAAUUGUCGAAAAUUAUUAUUUUUCGGCUAUGUAGUCUCAAAAACUCCUUGGAACGACAACUGAUAAGAAUCGUCCCUACGUUUUGACAAAUGUUCUUUGCCAUCUUCAGGGGAAAAAGCACAAUAAACAAUUAACCAAGUAAUGAUUUCAAUAAAUAUUGCCAAAACAAAUUGUGCGGCUAUUGUCACCAAGUCCGUUAAGUAUUCAUUUUUCAGGUUCCAACCAGGAAUUGAAUACGUUUAGUGCAGUCUUGCUUAAAACCCGAUCCUUUACCGCUCCAGAUAUUUCUGCCGAACCACUUGGGCAGUGGCUGCUAUGUUGGCCACUUUCCCGCAAUAACUCAGUCAAUUUCAAGCCAAUCAUUUUCAAUUCUUACUUGUACAUGGCUAGAUAAACGUAUCUUAUAGCGUACAAAAAUAUAUCAAUUGGUUCAACAUUGACUGAAUUGCAACGGGAAAAGCCCAAACUAUGUAGAAUGCCCUUUCUUCUCAGGUCAAGUCUUUAAUAACUACAGUCAGGUCUUUUUUUACGCGGUUUUCAUUUACGCGGCCGCGUAAAUGAAAACUCCAUAUAAAAAAAAAAAUCAUCGUCUUAUUUUUGCAUGAUUCGUCGAGAAAUGGUGAGACUUUUUUUACGCGGUUUUUCGAAUUUUGAACUGAGUUUUUUUUACGCGGUACGUAUCCCCCGCGUAAAAAAAACCUGACUGUAGUCAUCAGCAUGGCUUUGUGAAAGGACGAUCAACAACAACCAAUUUUCUUAAUUUUAUAACAUUUACUCUAAACGUAAUGGACAAAGGAAACUAUAUUGAAGCUAUAUAUACAGAUUUUAGUGAAGCAUUUGAUAGAGUUGAGAGGUUUCAAUCCUAUGCUUCUGAGAUGGAUUGAGUCAUACAUAACAAAAAUAACGCAAAAUGUAAGAAUUGAGGAGAGUUUAUCUAAAACAGUAAAUGUAUCAUCCGGAGUUCCACAAGGUUCGCAUCUAGGUCCAUUAUUAUUUAUUUUGUUUGUGAACGAUGUUGAAUACGUUGUUGUUAAGCGAUCAGUAUAUUCCAAAAUGAAAUUACCAUUUUUUUAACUGGUGUAACAAAAAUCUUUUAGAACUUAAUGUUAAAAAAUGUAAUUCAAUUGCAUUCACAAGAAAAUCAAAUUUAACCCUUGAAACAAUAACCCUAGGUGAAAAAAAUGUAGAACGAUGCAACCAGAUUAGAGAAUUAGGUGUUAUUCUGGACUCAAAACUAACCUUUGUUAAUCACUAUAAUAAUAUUAUGUGCGUUGAUUGAUCUAAGUUCCCUUGAAAAACGAAGAAAGUUUGCAAUGGUUGCAUUUUUAAAUGAUGUCAUAUUAAAUAAAGUAUGCUCUCCGGAAAUUCUAGAAAAUAUAAACUUUUAUGCUCCCACUCGAUCAUUAAGGAAUAGAAACUUGUUUAAUAUAAACACAGUCAUCGAACAAAUUACGCCUUGAAUGGGCCUUUAAACAUGAUAAUGUCUUGUUGUAAUGAACAUAGCGAUAGAAUCGAUGUAACUAUGAGUAGGAACAUGCUUAAAAAAGUUUUUUAUGCAAGAAGUCAGGCGCAAUUAGGUUAAUGCAAGUAUAAUAUUACUGUAGCUAAUUGUAACGGUCUACGAAUUCAUUGACGACAAUAAAUAAAUCAAUAGAUUAUGACAUUUCCACAUGUGGUUUCUGCUUGGUAUUCGUCAGGAGCAUCGCCGAAAGUAUAACAAAAACAUCCACUGAGCACUUGAUUUAUAACACUCAUCGUUUAUGUUGACAUGCCAAGGUCAGUUUUUUAUGAUAUAUUGCACUUUUUCAGCUUUCUGAAAAUGACACGUAAUCCAAUUCGACAUAUUUGCUUGACACUUUUAAGGAUUUGUACCUUGUUGAUCAUCUCCAGUUCAUUGGAUAAUCUAGAGAAAAGGGUUUCAGGAGUAAUCCAUAUCUCACAUCAAAUUUAUAUUGAAGCUUAGAAAAUCACAUCACAACUUUGCUCCGUUCUUCUGCUUUAUCCAUGUGCCUAACUGUAGUCUAUCCAAAAUUUUGAAUUGCUUCCGUCACGUAUGAUCACAAAAUCGUCCUUUGCACUCGUUUAACUAUCACACUCUGUAUGAGGUUCAUCCCACCUCAUAAAAAUCAGCAUUUUCCGCACACACGCCUUAUAGAGCAAAAUUAAUCUGACACUUACAGAUGAUGUUACACUUGAGCAAUCACGACCGGCGAUUUACAACUACGACUGGACGUCCAAAUUGUGUGGUAAUGAAACUAGAACUAAACCGAAUUCUUUUGCAUAUCUCGGCUUUAUAGAGAGCUAGUAAAAGUGUAGUGUCCAAGAGUUCUAGACGAAAACAAACGCCCAAGCUCCAAGUUUUCACGCAGUUUUUUCUUACCGUAUAUGUAUCGUUCCUUUUUUUCUUUGGCCCGUGACCCGUUGCACAGUGGUUCAAUUGCGACUUAAACAUCACAUUAUUUUAAUGUGUUCUAAUGUACCAUGGGCGAAACAAAAGAUGCAUUAUUACCAGCUCAUAUUUUGAUAAAAUGUUCUGAGAACACACAUAUUAAGGUAUUUGGAUAUGAUUCACCCCGGUCCCUCAAAUUGCAUAAUGACAAAUCACCAAAAGUUUGCGUUUCACCGUAAAACCACUGUGAACAUGAGACUGUGAAAUAUAAUAUUUAUAAUCAUUCAUCACUGCACUUUUUUUUGUGUUGCGAUGUGCUUGGCCGUGUUGGUACAAGAACCAUAAUAUCUUUAAACAAACUAGAAUGUUUUCAUGCAAUAUGAGACACUAAGUAUUUACUAGGCGGGGUCAGUGGUCUAGUGAUCACCGCUUUUUGCUAUGUGCAAGGUCACUUGUUCAAUCCCUCAAAAAUCCUUGGUUACUUAGUACUGGAAUAUACUGGAAUACUCAAAUCCUUCCCGAGCCUUACAUUUCGUUACAUAGAACCAUUACGAACAGCUGUAGCGGGUAGCACUACAACACACCUUCACCACAUAGCUGCCUUCAGUCAAUUGCAAUUGUUAUGAUGCGGUUAGCAAAACUCUACAAGUUCAUUGAAAAAGUGCGGCGCCGUAAACUACCAGACGCGGCAAAUGACUACACCGGCGCGAAGCGCAACUUCGUAGCUUGCAUACUGUGGUCCGUUAUGUAUUCUUCUAGUUAGGAAUUUACUGUCACGCUGUCCGGACAGCUCGUCGUCAUUUUCGGACGAAAUAUCUACCAUGGGGCCAUUCGAAGUGCAGGCCACCCUUCUAAGAAUAGCCUACACACGUCCAACCAGUGUUUUGUUAUUGCUUCUUAUGGAUGCCAUGAUAUGGCUACAACGUCCGGAUAUUGUUGAUUUUCACAACCGAAUUCAAGACAUCCCAGCGGAUUUCAUCUACGACGUGUACGACUUUGUAGUGAUAGGCGGAGGAAGUGCCGGUGCCGCUGUGGCUGCAAGACUUUCCGAAGUUUGCGAUUGGGAUGUGUUACUGCUCGAGGCCGGUCCGGAAGAGACCUACAUAGCUGAAAUUCCGUAUGCGUACCCUGUGCUGCAAAAGUCUAGACUCGAUUGGAAGUUCAAAACCAUACCCAACGAUAGUUUCUGCCAAGCAAUGGGGAACGAUCAGUGUUCGUGGCCUCGGGGAAAGGUUCUUGGUGGCUCUUCGGUACUGAAUGCGAUGAUGUACAUUCGGGGCAAUCCGGAAGACUAUGACGAGUGGGCAAGUUUCGGAAAUGUUGGUUGGAGUUGGGAAGAUGUUUUACCGUAUUUUGUGAAGAUGGAGAAUGUGCGUGAUCCAAAAAUCGCUAGCAAACCGUGGCAUGGAACGACGGGACCAAUGACAGUUGAAUUGUUCAAGAGCAACACAAAGCUGUAUCCGUUUUUUGCCGAAGCUGCGAAACAGAUGGGAGCAGUGUGGGCAGAUGAAAUGAAUGGACCUUCACAGCUUGUAUUUGGACCACUUCAUGGAUCAAUCCGCGAUGGAUUGCGUUGCAGCACUGCCAAAGCAUAUCUGCGACCAGUUGGCAUGCGUAAGAACUUGCAUGUAUCGUUGAACACCAUGGUGGAGAAAAUUUUAAUUGAUCCGGAUGACAAGAGAGCCUACGGAGUUAUGUUUAGUAAGGAUAACAGGCGACGAUAUGUGCUAGUGACAAAGGAAGUGAUUCUAUCGGCUGGUUCGCUAAACAGUCCUCAAUUACUGAUGCUGUCUGGUAUAGGACCACGAAGUGAGCUGGAGAGACAUAGAAUUGACGUGAUUCACGAUUCACCUGGAGUGGGUCAGAAUUUGCAGGACCAUGUAGGCACUGGAGGUCUAGUUUUCCUGAUAACAAACCCAAACAACACAGGAUCACUUUCUGUGAACAUGCUUGAUUCCAUCACAAAGUCAUCAAUUGAAAAUUUCCUUUUCAAUAACAGUGGAAUACUGAUGGGAAUGCCGAUUUGUGAAAUUAUGGGAUUCAUCAACACGAAAUACAAUGCACCCAACAGCACACGUCCGGAUAUACAACUGUUCAUGGCUGGUCAGUCGGAUGUUUCUGAUGGAGGAACGUGGGCAGCUUAUGGAUCGUCUUUCACCUACAAGUAUUAUGCCGAAAACUUUGGAAAGUGGGUAUUUCACGACUCUUUCAUGUGCCUACCGCUACUGUUGAGACCGAAAAGCAGAGGACACUUGAAAUUAGCCAGCAAAGAUCCAUACAUCAGAAUAUCGAUACAUCCCAAUUAUUUUGCUGUACGACAUGAUAUUGACACAUUGAUUGAAGGCCUAAAAUAUUGCCUCAAUAUUUCUACAACACCAGCCCUCGCUCCGCUUUACCCCAAAUUUAUCUACGACACCGAACAGAGAUUCACCUGCGGUGAUAGGAAAGGAGAUAACUUCUAUGAAUGUCUCGUACGACACUACUCGCAGACGAUCUAUCACCCAGUGGGGACGACAAAGAUGGGUCCCGCGUCGGACCCGAUGGCGGUCGUCGAUGCUCGUCUCAAGGUUCACGGAAUCGCAGGAUUGCGAGUCGUCGAUGCGGGAAUAAUGCCCACCCUUGUGUCGGGAAACACCAACGCGCCAACAAUUAUGAUUGGCGAGAAAGCUUCGGAUAUGAUAAAGUCCGACUACAUACGAGAACUGCUAGACAAACCGGACUUGAAGCCGUGUUAUACGUAUAACUAUCAGUAUUUUUAAGGCAUUCGUUUUAAUGUUAUGCGUUCUGUGAAUUACAAAAUAAGUUUUUGAAUCAAAUUAGUAUUUAUUUUUCUAAUCAAAGCCCUAGGACACACUUUUCAUGUUCAAUCAGUUGUUACUCCAAUGACACUCCAAACUUAGCCUACUUCAGUCAUUAUUCCUUGUUGCUGUUGUUAUCUAAGUCGCCUCGUAUCGCGCAUUUUUGUAACAUUGCGACCAGUUCUCAAAUCCAUAGAAUCCGUGAAAUUUUAGGAUUUCAUCGAUUGCAUUUAUUAUAAUUGUUUAGAUGAAACGACGGUACAAUGGCCAGUAUCCACAUAAGCAUGGAUAGCACGAUAAGUUCGAAGAAAAUUUUAACUGUUACAUACUUUCACCACUUCCACCUGCGGUAGGUAUGAGUAUUAAUCAUCAUUCGCAAUAACACAAUCAAUAAGUAUUGGGUAUUCGGAUGUGUAGGGAAGUUCGACUGAACUGAUUGACGGUUUACUAAAGACUAAUUUAUUUUCAUUCUAAUGACAAGUUCAUAUAAAUCCAUAGGUUGCUACGAUUCGUAAUAUCUAACACUCCUCCUCGACAUCGAUAGCGACAAUUCCUGCAGCUUCACGUAGCUUUCCGAGUUUGACGCUCGUUAGUGGCUUGGUCAUCAUGUCUGCCAACAUGUCUUCAGUGGGACAAUACAGCAAACUAAUGACAUUUUUCCUUUUCAGGUCCUUGAUGAAGCAAUAUUUUGUGUCGACAUGCUUCGACCGCUGAUCCACCUUCUCGUUCUCCACCUGCCGAAUGCAGCUUUGGUUAUCCUCACGUAUGCGGAUCGGAAGAUCCACGCUUUUGCCCAGGUCGUUGAGCAACUUACGCAGCCAUUGAAGCUCUUGACACGCCUCUGCCAGAGCGAUGAAGUUCGAGGAAGUUCGACUGAACUGAUUGACGGUUUACUAAAGACUAAUUUAUUUUCAUUCUAAUGACAAGUUCAUAUAAAUCCAU